AUGCACGUCAUCCGAGUCCUCGAUAGAAGACUUGCUCAUGGAAGCAAGAAGAACAAGGUAGGACGUCAUCGGCUAGCCGAGACAAGAAGACAACAGCCUUUCAACGUUGUCUAUGAUACCGGAGAAGAACUGUUCCUCGGAACAUGCGACGGUAGAGUCGGCGGCGUCGGCGUUCUAGUCAACACGAGUUUGUCCAUGAGCAUCGAUUCAUUCGAACAGCUUACAACCCGAAUCGGACGUUUACGAUUAAAAAGAUGUGGAUCAAUACCGGCUUUGACAGACUUCGUCGUUUACACGCCGACAUCAAACAAUGACGAAGAAGAAGUCGAAGCGUUCAACAUGGACUUCUAG